AUGCGGUGGGUCGUGGUUGUGAUGUGUAUGGGGCUGCUGCUGCUCUGCUGUGGCCCGGCUGAUGCCCAGAGUCGGAGGAAGAAGAAGGAGAGAGACAGGGAACGGGAGAGAGAGAGGGAGCGGGAGACUCUGAUGUGUCCCCUGGAGCUGGCCUUCCUGGUGGACAGUUCGGAGAAGGCCAAGCUGCAGCUGUUUGAGCGACAGCGGGACUUCGUCCUGCGUUUCAGCACGCGCCUGAUGCAGCUGCAGGUGCAGGGCUGGAGAGUGCGCCCCCGCCUGGCCGUUCUGCAGUACAGCAGCUCCGUGUCUGUGGAGCACAACUUCAGAGACUGGCAGGACUUGGACGUGUUCCAGAGCCGUGUGGCCUCCAUGGCUUACAUCGGCCACGGCACCUACUCCGCCUACGCGCUCUCCAACGCCACGGCCAUGUUCGGCCGCGAGACCUCCUCGGGCAGCCUGCGGGUGGCGCUGCUGAUGACGGACGGCGUGGACCACCCCCGCAGCCCCAGCGCCGUCUCCGCCUCGGCCGAUGCCAAAAACCACAACGUGCGGGUGUUUGUGAUCGGCCUGUCGGGCCAGGCCAAAGACACGAUCACCAGCACCAGACUGAGGUCCAUCGCCAACGCCCCGGCACAACACCACGUCUUCAGCCUGACCGACCCACAGCUGGACGACAAGCUGUACCGGGAACUGAAUGCUUUAGUCAACACUGGAUGUCCACAGCCCCAGUCCUGCCAGUGUCAGAAGGGAGAGAGAGGAUCUCCAGGCAACCCUGGUAAACCGGGUGAUCCAGGCUUUGACGGAGCUCCAGGUCCCAAAGGGUCUAGAGGAGAAUCAGGGCUAAAUGGGCGACCAGGGAUGGAUGGCCUUGAGGGAAGAUCUGGAACAAGAGGAGACAAGGGAGAGAGAGGAGAGUGUGGAGCCCCCGGGAUAAAGGGAGACCAAGGAGCUGAUGGACCUCUUGGGCCAAGAGGACUUAAAGGAGAGCAGGGUCCCAGUGGCCAUGCAGGAGACAUCGGACCAGAGGGCCCAACAGGAGCCAAGGGAGAGCGUGGCCCCAGUGGGGUGGCGGGACCUCCAGGUGACCCUGGCAUUGGCUUCCCUGGACCUAAGGGGGACAAAGGUAACCAGGGCAGACCCGGACCAACCGGCCCGAUUGGAGUGGGUGAACCAGGCCUUCCGGGACCCUCUGGGCCUCCUGGGGUCCAAGGAAACCAGGGCUUCCCUGGAGAAGGCCUUCCUGGACACAAGGGUGAUCGCGGAUACGAGGGCCAGAAAGGCUCCAGGGGACCACCAGGAGCAGGAAUCAAGGGGGAUAAGGGUGACUUUGGGGAGCCUGGCCUUCCUGGUCUGAUGGGUUUUCCUGGAGUUGGCAUUCAGGGAGAGAAGGGUGACCAGGGGCCGGGGGGCUCUCCGGGCCCCAGAGGGCCUCCAGGGCUGGGCAUUGUCGGCCCCAAGGGAGACCAAGGCUUCCCUGGGGAGCAUGGACCGCAGGGGGAGAGAGGCGUGGGGGAGCCAGGUCCAAAGCCUGCUGGAGCUAAGGGAGAACCAGGCCUAAUGGGCAUGAUCGGAGCUCCUGGCCCCCCAGGGAGAGGCUUACCUGGCCACAAGGGUGACACAGGUCCAGCAGGUGCUCCAGGACCAAUUGGAGAACAAGGAGUAGGACUACCAGGACCUAAGGGAGACAGAGGGAACCCUGGACCAGGUGGAGCACCAGGAUUGAAGGGAGAGGGGUACCCUGGACCACAGGGUCCCCCAGGGCUGCCAGGCCAGGCAGGGGAGAUGGGGCCGGAGGGCAAGGGCAUCCCAGGACCCAAGGGAGACAGAGGAACAACGGGUUCCCCUGGGCCCUCUGGGCCACCUGGGAUCGGACUGAUUGGGGAAAAGGGGGCAGUAGGCCAGCCAGGGCCUCAAGGACCUUCAGGACCCCCCGGAGAGGGCAUCCAGGGACCCAAGGGUGAACCAGGUUUUCAGGGUGCAACAGGACCACGAGGACCCUCAGGAGACGGACACCCCGGAGAGAAGGGAGACAGGGGGAACCCAGGAGAGCGAGGAAGGAAAGGAGACCGAGGUGAAUUGGGCCAGCCAGGGCAGACAGGACCUGCGGGUUUAGUUGGAGAGAAAGGGGAGCCAGGAUUGUCUAGAGAAGAGGUGAUAAGGAUCAUAAGGGAAAUAUGUGGCUGCGGUAUCCGUUGCCGUGACAGCCCCUUGGAGCUGGUGUUUGUGAUUGACAGCUCUGAGAGUGUGGGCCCAGAGAACUUCGAGGUGGUGAAGGACUUUGUGAAUGCGCUGAUUGAUCGCGCGGCGGUGAGCCGUGAGGCAACGCGCGUGGGCGUGGUGCUGUACAGCCACGUGGACCUGGUGGUGGUGAGCCUGCAGCAGAACCUGGGUCGGCAGGAGGACGUCAAGGCGGCCGUCAGGAAGAUGCCCUACCUGGGGGAGGGCACCUUCACCGGCAGCGCCCUGCGCACCGCCACCGAGCUCUUCCAGGCGGCCCGACCCGGCGUGCGGCGCGUGGCCCUGGUGCUGACGGACGGGCAGGCGGACCGGCGCGACCACGUGAAACUGGAGGACGCAGCUGAGCAGGCGCAUGCCGCCGGCAUUGAGGUCUUCGUUAUCGGCGUGGUGAAGAGGAACGAUCCACUCUAUGCCGACUUCGCCAGCGAGAUGAACACCAUGGCAUCCGACCCCGACCUGGAACAUGUCUACCUCAUCGACGACUUCAUGACCCUCCCGACCCUGGAGAGUAAGCUCCUUAGCCGAAUCUGUGAACACGACGACGGCUCUCUCUUCCGGCCUCUUCCGAAUCUUCCCAACUUCCUGUUCCCCAACGGCCAUGGCCCCUCGCCAGACAGGGUGGACAAACCCCCCUACGACAAUGAACCCUAUCGUCCCGACAACGACCACUAUCGGCCUGAGCAUACACCCUAUCGCCCAGACAACACACCGUAUCGCUCUGACAACGACCUCUACCGACCUGACCGCCUUCCCUAUCAACCGGAGAACGACGCCGAUGGUGAGGGCAACACCUUCGAUGACAAUGAGAUCGAGAGCGACCGCACCACCUCUGUGUACGAUGACCCGUUCGACAAGCUGCCAGAGAUCACCGCCGAGGCCCCCGACCUGUCGGAGCUCUUCGGCAUCGCAGGGCCUCAGACGCCUACCAGCUGGCGCUCCGAUCCUGCGACACCCGCUCCCCCACUCCCGCCCACCAAGCCCCCGUCACCACCGCUGGCGGACGGACUAGUACAGGAGGUAGGUUGCGGUCAGGACCUGGACCCUGGUCCAUGCCGGGAGUACGUGGUCAUGUGGUACUACGACCCCGAAGCUAACUCCUGCGCCCAGUUCUGGUACGGCGGUUGCCAGGGAAACAGGAACAGGUUCGAGUCAGAGGACCACUGCGAGAAUGCCUGUGUGAAGACGUAACAGACAACCGGCUUCUGUCUGAGAUCCGCAGUCGCUUACUAUGUAGUGCACACUAUGUAGCCUACUGUGUCUGCUAUAUUGGGCUCAUAC